UAUGAAAAUGUAGAUAAAACGCCUGCAAUUUUCGAUCACAAAAGGAAGAAUCACGAUGGCGUGCGGGCUGUGUAUUUUAUUAUCGGUGGCUGCGGUGUUAGUAGCCAUAAAAUUGUAUGUUAAAUUAACUACAGGGUGGUGCAGAAGCAAUGUGUGUUUAGUGGGAAAAACCGCCAUUGUUACCGGAGCUAAUACAGGAAUUGGAUACGAAACGGCUGAAGACUUGGCCAAACGAGGCGCAAGAGUAAUUUUGGCUUGCCGGGAUCCAGCCAGAGGAGAGGACGCAGCGAAAAAAAUAAUCCAAGCCACCGACAACAAAAAUGUGGAAUUUAAGCUCCUGGACUUAUCUUCUUUUAAAUCCAUCAGGCAAUUUGCUAGCGAUAUAAUUGCAACUGAAGAAAGGCUGGACAUUUUAGUAAAUAACGCGGGACUGGGAAGUACGGCCGACAAAACGACCGAAGAUGGUCUGUUGUUGAUAAUGCAAGUCAACUAUUUUGGGCCCUUUUUGCUAACUAAUCUGUUGUUAAAUCUCAUAAAGAAAACCCCAAACGCUCGUAUAGUGAACGUUGCAUCAAUAGUGGCGAAGCGCGCUGGUGAAUUUGAUGUAAAGAACCCGAACACCGUUCCAGUUGCAUAUGGUCAAAUGGAUCAAGGUUUUCCUCUCUACUGUAGGAGUAAAUUGUGCAACGUUCUUUUCACUAUAGAAUUAGCCAAAAAGCUAAGGGGCACCACUGUAACAACGUACUCUUUGCACCCGGGAGCAGUGCUAACUGAUAUUUUUAGGACCAUGCCUCAGAUAAUGCGAUUCAUGGUAGAACAGAUCAUCAAUUGGUUUUGCAAGAGUCGCUUGGAGGGAGCGCAAACAACGAUCCACUGCAGUGUGGCCAAGGGAAUUGAAUCUCUUUCGGGAAAACACUUUCAGGAUUGUCACCUCGUAGACACCUACAAAAAAGCUCAGGAUCCUGAUAUGUCGAAGCAAUUGUGGAAGGUAUCUGAAGAAGUGGUUAAAUUAAAUAGGAACUAGGUGUUUUUGUGUAUAUGUAUUUAAAUAAUAUACUUAUCAGAUUGGACUUUGGGCGAAACUGAAUAAACCAA